AUGGAUGAUGGGAAGAAGAGAGAAGAAGAGAGAAGAAGAGGGGAUGAUCGAGAGGAGGCUGUGGCGGAUAUGGAGCGGCUGAAGCUUGGACCGACGAAGUUGUGGACCGGGUUGGUGUUGCAUCAUAAGGAUGUUUUUGUCUCGCACGUCUUGUCGAAAUUGAAUGAGACGGAUCGGUUUUUCUUUUCAAAGGUGAAUAGAGAGAGUCGGGGUGUGCUUGAGUACGCCGGGGUAAACGUAUCGGAAUUACGUUUGAUUGUUUGCGAAUGUUCAUCCAUUUCAACGUUGGAAUUUCUGUGGAAUCAGUUUCCCUGGGGAAAGAUAGAUUACGAUGGGUAUUUGAUAGAUCAAGCCUACUUUUGCUGGUUAGUUGCUGCAACGAACAAACUCGAGUUCCUCAAGUGGGCGAGAGAAGUGAAACAGUGCGAGUGGGAUGAAAAGACGAUUACUGUGGCAGCAUUUGAAGGUAAUCUCGAGAUGCUGAAGUACUGCUUCUCUAAUGGUUGCCCGUGUGAUGAAGAAAAGUCGUGUAAACAAGCUGCUAUUAAAGGACACCUCGACUGUCUUCGAUUUCUUUUCGACAAAGUGAAACCUUCGCGAGAUACGGAAGAACAAGCGGCACUACAUGCAGCAGCAUAUGGUCAAUUAGACAUCUUGAAAUAUUUCGUCGAAGAAAGCAAGAUACCUGAUGGGGUAAAGAAUGAGUGCGUGUACCACGCUGCAGGGCAUGGCCAACUCGAUUGCCUCAAAUACUUAGUCGAAGAUGCGAAAGUGCCUCUUCACGACUGGGAUUUCAUCGCUUCCGCUCGUUACUUCAAGCACCCCGACUGCGAAAACUACUUGCUCGAAAAAGGGUCUCCAGAACCAACGGACGAAGAAUACGCUUUCUUUGUCGGGGAGCAGGAGCAAAUGCACUCCGAGGAAGACGACAGCGUCGAAUGA